AUGGCGUUCUGUCCCUCGUUUUCUGAGGACUAUAUUUGUGGUAUUGGCGGUACUUACUUGAAUCAACCAAAUCAAAUUGCUGUUCCUGCAAUCGUUAAUCAGGGGGAUGAUCGAAGAAGAAAUAACGAUAAUGCGAUAGCAGACUUUGAUCAAGUUGAUGAUGUGAAACAAAGGUUUAAUGAUGCGAAUGAUGCUCAAGAUAAACCAGCAAUGCCUGCAGAAGCACCUCGACUAGCUAAUUUGCGACCUCCUCAUUAUCCUCGUUUUAAAGGACCUCAAAAUGACAGGCAACGAGAGGUGGUUGAUGCCUUCAAGCAUGCAUGGAAGGGAUAUAAAGAGUAUGCUUGGGGUCAUGACACUCUCAAACCAAUCUCGAAGGGAUAUUCAGAUUGGUUCGGAGUGGGACUGACAAUCAUCGAUUCACUUGAUACCAUGCUGAUCAUGGGACUUGAUCACGAAUUUGAUGAGGCACGAACUUGGGUAGCAGAAAGUUUAACGUUUGAUCGACCAGUAUUUGUAAAUUUUUUCGAGAUGACCAUUCGUGUGCUGGGUGGUCUUCUGAGUGCGUUCCAUUUGACGAAUGACAAAUUAUUCAUGGAAAAGGCAAACGAUGUUGGUACAAGAUUAACCGCUGCGUAUUCAUCUUCAUCGGCUGUUCCUUACAGUGAUGUGCAUCUUCAGUCAAAGUCUGCAAAACAACCGUCUUGGGGUGGUGAGAGUUCAUUGUCGGAAGUGACGAGUGUGCAGCUGGAAUUUCGUGAUUUGUCUAGAGUUAUCAAGAAUUCUUCUUUUGAGGAUUUGUCGUUUUCCACCUCAAAACAUAUACAUGAUAUUGGUUGUGAGAAAUAUGAUGGCCUUUGUCCUAUGUUUAUGAAUCCGAGUACAGGAAGUUUCCGCGAUUCUACAAUAACAAUGGGUGCUCGUGCUGACAGCUUCUAUGAAUACCUCUUGAAGCAGUGGUUGCAGACUGGGAAGACUAUUGACUGGUUACGCGACGAUUACAACAAAACGAUGCAGUCGAUGACAGAACGACUUGUUGGUGUGUCUGAACCUAAUAAACUAACAUUUGUUGGCGAAAUUCUUGCAGGCGGUGUUUAUUCACCUAAAAUGGAUCAUUUGGUUUGCUUUGUGGCUGGGUCGUUAGCGCUUGGUGCACUCAAUGGAAUGCCGAAAUCACAUCUCGGUUUGGCCAAGAAGAUAGGUGAAGGAUGUCAUCGAAUGUACGAAACGUCUACUGGACUAGGACCGGAGAUCAUUUAUUUUCAUCAACAACCAGGUGCCAAAGGUGAUAUUUCAAUCAAGCCGUCAGAUGCGCACUGCUUGCUGAGACCGGAAGCAAUCGAAGCAUGGUUUUAUCUUUAUCGAGCCACGGGCGAUAAAAUGUAUCAAGAAUGGGGAUGGGCGGCGUUUGAAGCGAUCAAAAAGCACGCCUGGGUUGAACACGGUUUCUCGUCUGUUGUCAACGUUAAACGGAUACCAGUUUCAUACAGGGAUGUGAUGGAAUCAUUUUUCUUGGCCGAAACACUUAAAUAUCUGUAUUUGUUAUUGGCAGAUGAUCAGUCGGAGAUUCCUCUCGACCAAUACGUUUUUAAUACUGAAGGACAUCCGCUUCCUAUUUAUGACCAUUAGAAAAUGGUGAAUUCCUAUCAUUCAAGUUGAUUUUCCAGUGUUUUUGAUUCUUGCCAGAUCUACAUAUGUAUAUGUAUAUAAGGCUUAUUGUUACUAAUAAGUGAACAUUUUAGUGCUUAGAAUGCUAACUGUUGAAGUAAAUAAAUGGUUAUUUGUGAUUUUUUAUGUUCACUUGAUUUUAUUGCACCAAUAGAAAUGCUUUAUUUUGAAACUAUGGUUCAUUCAGAUUGUGUUAGUUUGGAUUGAGUUUUGGUUUUAUUGAUUCUUCGGUUGCGCCUAACGGUACUCUAGAAAUGAUACGGGCGAAAUUGACGGUAACUCUGAUGAUUUGCUCAUAUGCGUGUUUGCUGUUUCGAAGUGAUGUUGUAAGCGUUAUUGUAUCGAUGAGUGUUUAUUACUUUUGUGUCGUCGUUUCUCGUUUAGUCAUAACAUUACUUGCGUUGAGAUCAUGCAGACGAUAUUUUUCGAUUCUGUUACGGUCAGAUGUCAUCGAAUGAUGUUUUGUUGAUGUGUCAGAACCCAAAAUGAGCAGCUUAACGUAAGAUUGUCAUCGUCCUGUUGAAUAUUCGAUC